CAAUGCUGUUCCGUACCUCCUUCCUAAUUGCUCUUCUUGCACUUAUUUGUGCUAGUCAUGUAGCUGUGGGAGUGGGCAUAGUAGUGCCGGGCACAAAGUGGUGUGGACCUGGAAACAUUGCCGACAACUAUGAUGAUCUGGGCACUGAGAAGGAGGUGGACAUGUGCUGUCGGGCACAUGACAACUGUGAAGAGAAGAUUUCGCCGCGUCAAGAAGCAUUUGGCCUACAGAACGACGGGAUAUUUCCGAUAUUCUCUUGUGCCUGUGAGGCUGCCUUCCGGAGCUGCCUCACCGCUUUACACAACGGACACUCCUUGACGCUUGGCAGGAUCUACUUCAACACCAAGGAUGUGUGCUUUGGCUAUGGACACCCCAUCGUUUCAUGCUUGGAGAAGCAGGCGGACUUGUUCGAGACCCGCUGUCUCUCCUACCGAGUGGACGAAGGUCAGUCAAAGCGCUGGCAGUUCUACGAUUUGGCACUCUACACACACGUAAGUGCCAGUGAGGAGGAUUCCCGGGAUUGAACUUAGACAUCCGGCGAUAAGCUUCAAAUGUUUACAAAACAGAUGGCACUGAAAAACGAAACUGAAUGUGAUUAGGGUUUUAAAAAUGUGAGUUUUGUGCUAUCAAUUUGUAAAAUAAAAAAGUCUUCCUGGAUUUAAAUUAAAAACAUA